GGCCUUAUGACGCGACGUCACGUCUCCCUGCCCGGUAGCCCAUUGGUUCUCCAUUACCGCCCUUUUCCGGGGCAGGGAGACUACCCGCAGAGCCGGAAGCGAGGUAGCCCUCGGGCCUGAGGGGGCGGCGGCGUGGAAAACAGAGAACCUGGUGCCAUUGGAGCUGGCCAGCUUCUGCAUUCAGGCUUCAGCUUGCGUUGAACACCUCCAGGACUCCGGUGGCCUAUGCAAGGAAUCGCAUCGCGAAGUACCCAGCGCAGACCGAAACAGCGCAGCCGCUGAGAGCCGCCGGAAGCUUCGCCCCUAGGCGGAGCUGAGAAGCCUCGCCGUGGAGGAAGGAACCCAGAGGGCCUGCCCCCGGGGCAGAGCCCGCGGCCAUGGCCACGCCCCCAGAGGCCGGUCCCGCGGCUCUGCGCUUCGCCGCCGCCGCUAGCUGGCAAGUCGUGCGGGGACGCUGCGUGGAGCAUUUCCCGCGUGUAUUAGAGUUUCUGCGAUCACUGCGCAUUGCUGCCCCUGGUUUAGUUCGCUACCGCCACCACGAACGCCUGUGUAUGGGUCUGAAGGCCAAGGUAGUGGUGGAGUUGAUCCUGCAGGGCCGGCCGUGGGCCCAGGUUCUGAAUGCCCUGCAUCACCAUUUCCCAGAGUCUGGACCUGUAGUGCGGGACCCCAAAGCGACAAAGCAGGAUCUGAGGAAGGUCUUGGAGGCGCAGGAGACCUUUUGCCAAGAGGUGAAGCAUCUAGCAGAGGCCCCAGUGGACUUGGCUUCCAGGGUGCAGGAACUUGAACAAGAGUAUGGGGAACCCUUUCUGGAUGCCAUGGAAAAGCUGUUCUUUGAAUAUUUGUGUCAGCUAGAGAAAGCCCUUCCUGCAUUGCAGACACAGCAGCUUCAGGAUGUGGUCAGUUGGAUGCAGCCUGGAGUUUCUAUCGCUACUUCUUCUGUCUUGAGCCAGUAUGCUGUGGACAUGGGGUGGCCACUUCCAGAGUGCUCCAUUAACGAUUCGGUGAGCAUGACAGAUCCCACGGAGCAGAAUCCUCGGCAACCAAAACUAGCACUUCACGAUCCUUUGCCAGAAGCCAGUUCUGGCCCAUACCUCCCUCAAGGACCAGCCUCCAGGAAGGACCCAGAACCUAAGGCUGGCCACCACUUCAAUCUGGCGCCUCUAGGCCGGCGAAGAAUCCAGUCCCGAUGGGCAUCCACUAAGGGAGGCCAUAAGGAGCGCCCCACAGUCAUGCUGUUCCCCUUUAGGAAUCUGGGUUCACCACCCCAAGUCAUAUCUGAGCCUGAGAACAGGGAAGAACAUGGGACAAACAUGGCAGAUCCAGCAGAUGCUGUGGGCAUGAGAGCAGCUUCCACUGGAAAGCCAAAGAGUCCACCCCAGCCGCUGGGGGGAAGGGCUUUGAAAGAGAACCCAGUUGAGGUGUUUGCUUCAGAGCAAGAAGAGAAUUGCUUGGUUUGCCCCAUGGACCCCCUGAGACUGUCAUUAUCCCCUCCUAGGACCAGGAAGCCAUUGUGUCCUCCAUCUCUGUGCAGCUCUGUCAUUACCAUAGGGGACUUGGUUUUGGACUCUGAUGAAGAAGAAAAUGGCCAGAAGGAAGGAAGGGAGUCUCUGGAAAACUAUCAGAAGACAAAGUUUGACACCUUGAUCCCCACCUUCUAUGAGUAUCUCCCCACUUCUGGCCUCAGGGCCAUGUCUGUCCCUUCCCUGACAGUAGAGACAGGUCUGGACACUUAGGAUAGGACUGGAAUUCCCUCUGCACUCUGCCUGAGGAAGGAGUUCCUCAGUUCUACACAGUUUAGUGGGAAUAAAGCAGAAGCCUGGCCUUGGGUGACCUGACUACCUUGCUAAAAUUACUUUGUAAUCCUUGUUAAUUAAAAUUUGGAUUUGUUAAAA